AGCUGUGGGACACCAGAUCUGCCUCAAGUCUGCUGGGAGAAUGAUUAACCACGGCAGGAAUCCAUCCUGUGGAUAGCCAGCUCCAAAUGGAAGCGUUCUGCAGAUGGCCAGACUUGCUAAACAGCAUAGGAACCACAAGCAGGGAAGGAGGUUCUGGUGUCUGGUGCUUGUUGAGCUCAGUGUGCAUUGCAGGGCAGCGAUUUUGUGUCUUGGCAAAGGCAGCAGCAGGAUCUGUGAGUUGCUCGGGAAGAUAGUGUGCAAGAGGAAUGGAAGAGAACGCUGCCGAGGAGGUGGAUCACACCCCAGGUGAUGGCGGCAUGGGGGUAGAUGUUGUGGAAUCGGGUGACACCACACCCCCUACAAAGAGGAAAAGCAAGUUCUCAAGCUUUGGCAAGAUCUUCAAACCCUGGAAGUGGAGGAAAAAGAAAAGCAGCGACAAAUUUAAGGAGACUUCAGAAGUUUUAGAACGAAAGAUUUCUAUGCGAAAGCCAAGAGAGGAGCUGGUAAAAAGAGGGGUUCUGUUGGAAGAGCCUGAGCAGGAUGGUGAAGAGCCAGAGAAGCUGAACCCCCCUGCACUGAAGAAUGGCCACACAGUCCCCAUCAGUGGGCCCGGGCUCUGUGACCUGCCCAGCCAGGAGGAAGAGGCCACAAAGCCCUCCAACCUUAGGAAGCCUGUUCCAGCAGAGGAACUGAAAAAGAGGCAGGGCUCUUCCAGCAGCCACCCUGGGCCCGAACUGGAACCACCUCAGGAGCCACAUGGUCCCAGACAGCCUCUCCUUCCUCCAAAAAGACCCCCCUCCACCUCCCAGGAGGCAAACGAGGCGCAGGCGAAGGAUCCAACGCCCGCCAGCAGCUCUGCAAGAACUGCCCCCUCCACCACAGCCCCCACUGCAGCAAAGACAGUCAAUCCCACAGCUGCCCCUUCCCCAGCCCCCAGGACUCUGCUCCCUGCUCCUGCCAGUGCCAACACUACUGCUCCCACCAGUACAACCAGCACAGCUCCUGCCAAACAGCCUCCUGUCCCCCCUCCCAAACCUGUCAACAGAAAUAGCAACUCACUAAUAGCUGAACUUUCCCAGGCAAUGAACAGUGGUACCGCCUUGUCCAAGCCUUCCCCUCCUCUCCCCCCGAAGAGGGGCCUCGUGCCCAACAACACGUCGGAGGUUGUCCCCUCCAAGCCCCCCCACGACAGGACGGGAACAGCGACUCGCCCGGCGCCAAUCCCGCUGCACGUGAGCUCGGCUCACCCGCCGCCCUCGCCCUCACCGCCCCUGCCCACACACGUGCCCCCUGAGCCCCCACGCAUGCCCCUGCCCACCCCCACCCCCAGCCUGGACCCCCCGCGCUCCCUGGACCUGCCCACCGAGACGCCGCCUCCUCCGGAGGAGUUCAGGUCCGUGGAAGCGUUGAAGAGGACGGCGGAGCAAGGCUUCGGAGAGCCCCACGUGCUGCCCCGCCUGCCCCAGAUCCCGCUGCACAUCCGGAUCCAGCAGGCUCUGAACAGCCCCCUGCCCGUCACCCCCCCGCCCGAGGGGUCCCACAGGGCUCACUCCCUGCUCUUUGAGAACGAUGGAUUCGGGGAUGACAACGGCACCCUGGGCAGGACAAGGUCCCUGCCCAUCACCAUCGAGAUGCUCAAAGUUCCAGACGAUGAGGAAGAGGAAGAAGAUGACCAGGAAGAGGAGCAGAAUCCGGGUCCUCGUGUAUAUAUUGGAGAUGUGCCAUCUGUCACAGUCAUCCCCAAACUGGUACCCCAGGUCCUGCCAGAGGAGCGGGAAGGAGACGAAGGGAUGAGCGACUCUGACUCGGAGGGGCCCAUCCUGUACAAAGAUGAUGAGGAUGAGGAGGAAGAUGAAAGCCAUAACAGCACGUUGGCCAACAAGGUGAAGAGGAAAGACACGCUGGCUAUAAAGCUGGGGAACGCGACCGCGCCGCAGGAGGACAAGAUCGUUUUCCCUCGGAAGAGCAAGGAGGAGUGGAACGAGAUCCGGCAGCAGAUCGGGACAACGCUGAUCAGGCGACUGAGCCAGAGACCCACAGCGGAAGAGCUGGAGCAGAGGAACAUCCUGCAGCCCAAGAAUGAGGCUGACCGUCAAGCUGAGAAGCGCGAGAUCAAGCGCCGGCUCACCAGAAAGCUUAGCCAAAGGCCUACGGUGGCAGAGCUGCAGGCCAGGAAGAUCCUGAGGUUUAAUGAAUACGUGGAAGUCACAGAUGCUCAGGACUAUGACCGGCGAGCGGAUAAGCCGUGGACAAAGCUGACACCAGCUGACAAGGCGGCCAUCAGGAAGGAGCUGAAUGAGUUUAAGAGCUCUGAAAUGGAAGUGCAUGAGGAGAGCAAGCAGUUCACGAGGUACCAUCGACCAUAAUCUUCCAAGAAGGGAGCAAGAGACCCUAGAGGCCUGGAAGUUCCCUGCGUCCCUCUCCUAGGCAAUACAGCGAGGGUGGAACCCCCCAGCUCUUCCAAGAUUUGCCUUCCAACCAUAUCCAGAAAAGGGCUUUCAGCCAGGGAAAGGGCAAUCCUGUCUGAAUGUAGCAUUUCACUGGAACAAACACGUCUCUCGUGCCAUCAGGCUGGAACUGACACUAUACCUCGUGUGGCUCAGCAAUAACCCCCUGCCAGGAGAACAUGCCCAGGGGAACAGACUCCUUUUCGGGAUGCAAUUCCUCCUUUCCUCCUCUUUUCCAUGAGGAAAGAGGGGGGGAAAAAAAAGAAGAAAAAGGCAGCUCUGGUGUUGAGAAGCUGAGGAGAGGAUGUGCUUGGAAGCACGUGUGUGUAUAUUAGCUGUGUACAGAGAAACCUGGCACACAACUGACAUGUCACUCGUUAUUUUUUGGGGUUUUGCUUGUUUCUGUCAUGUCCUUAAUGUCCUGAAUCACUACUGACCAACGGUUUGUUGUGCUGGAAGGGAACUGUAUAGGUAUUAACAUAUGCUGCAUCUUUUUUGUAAAAAAAACCCACAAAACAAAAAAAAACAGAAACCACAGAUGUAUAAAACAUUCCUUCCCCACCCUCUCACACUUGCUGUGAUGUUAAUAACAGAUCUUGAGAUAUCUAGGAUUGUUUAAUGAAUUACAGAACCAGGAAAAUGACUGUUGCCUUUUAAAACUUUUUAAUUUGGGGAAAAGGUGAGAGUAGUCAAUCCUUUUUAUUGUGGCUUCCUCUCAGAUGUUUUUUACUCUCCCAAAUCAGGGUUGAAACUUGCCUUUUUUUCUCAUUUUUACAGCUAAACCUACCAGAAACUUGAUAAAAUUUCACUGUGUGGGUCGAAGGGAGUGGAGGAAGAGGUUUAAAAAGUGACCUUAAAAAGAUGAUUUUUCUCUUCUGAAAGAAGUUCUUCCUUAAAUGUGGGGUUUAAAAAAAAAAAAAAAAAAAGAAAUCUGGUAUAGGCCACUGCUGUAUUAUGCACAAAACCUAAACCAUGUGUGAGAUGCCACUUGUGAGGGAAGGGAGUGUGGGGAUGGAGAGAAGGGCUUUUUGCCUUGUUCACAGGCAGGGGUGGCAACACCCCGGCCACGACCCGGCACCCUCAUGGGACAUGGCGAGAGCUCUUCCCUCACCGCUCCCCCCCACCCCGCACUGUACAGCCACCUGUAGACUUAAACCAUUGCGUUGUAUAUCAGUCUCCUCAGCAACAGAUUUUAACUAUGGAAUAAAAGUAUUUUAGGAUUUUUUUU